GUUCAACAAAAAAAACUGAAGUAACUUAACCAUUCCGAAAUCUUCUCUCCUCCUUCCAUUUUCCUUCUCUCUUAUCUCCCUCCACCAAACCCAUUCCCAAAACCCUACUGGUUUUUUUCCCCUUUCUCUCUUCCAUAUGAUCUCCAACUAGCUCCUCGCCGUUUCCCCCCAGCUUCUUCUUCGUUUUUCUUCUAACUUCUUCUUACCCACCUUGCCAUUUACGGCCUUUCGACUUUUCUUCUUAUUGGCACUUCACAUAAUUUGGCUUUUCAGAUUCAAGCAUCAACUGGGUCAGCAUUGAACAUUCCUAAACCUUCUCCAAAAUUUUAUAUGCCAAUGGAUACUACACAGAGUUUUAAGGAAUCUAAGGGACAAUUAGAUCAGGUGAACCACAAAGAAACAGAUGCUAUCUCUGAUCGAAGCAACUCGAAUUCUUCAUGUACCUCAGAUUUGUCACAAGACUCGGCGGUUAGCAGCAUUUUCCAGAGUGAUCCUCCUGUUCUUCAAUCAAAACCAGAUGUUGCCGAGCCUCUGGGAGCUGUGCAAACAGUGGAGAAUCAACCUGUGGAUUCUCUUAGUAGAAUCCAGAGUUCUUCUAGGGGUUCUUCUCAUAUUCGGUUAUCUGGGCCGCUUGGAAACCACGAUCCGAAUAGAAUACCGGUGUCCAUCUUCUCUGGUAGACCAUCAAACCCUACGGAAUGGAGCACUGCUUCAAACGAAUCAUUGUUCAGUAUUCAUGUGGGAAACAGUAGCUUUUCAAGGGAACAUUUCAAUUUUUUUAAGUCUGGAGAAUUGUUGAUGAACCCCAAUGCAUCCCAGACUCUAUCCAACCUGCCCCCUUUUGUUGAACCAUUAAGAGCUGAGAGUAAAUCUGAAAUCGCGGUGAAGACAUUCGCCGAACCAGUGACGUCGUCGUCAACUGCACAUCCGGUUUCACCCACAUCAAGUCAAAAUGUAGCAGAUCAUAAAAAAGAAGUCACGACAACUAUGGAUGAGCUUCGAGGUCGCCAGAGCGUAUCAAACGACAGCAUGAAUAGCUCUCGUUCAUUUCAGUUCCCACUAUUGGCAAGUGAAGGUGCAACACCAAAAACAACUAGCUCUGUUUCAACAGACUCCGGUGUAACAUCACAACAACAGCCAUCAAAGCUGCAAUCGAAAAAGCGGCAAUCAGCAAAGCAUCAAUUGCCAGAACUUCAGUCUUCAUCUCAGGCCGCCUCACCAUCUCCAGCCACGAAUUCAGGUUCGGGAUGGUUUUCCUGUCUCUCUUGGUGUCGAUGCCGAUGACGAAAUCUCUGCUUGUGUUGACUAUACUCUACUUGUUCUACUCACAUCAUCACAGAGAAAAGCUACAGGAGAUGGUAACUUUACACUCUAGCUAAUUAGUUCUCUCUAAAUGAAAAGAAAAACAGAGAAAAAGAACAAGGGCUCCAAUUGAUCGACCUCCUUAAGAGUUAUAGCAGAAGAAUUAGUCAUUAUUGUAACAAUCUUUUUUCUUUUCUUUUCUUUUCUUUUCUUUCGACUUCUCCAUUCUCUAGAUAAAUAAUGAAAUCGAAUGUUUGAUUUAUUCUCUCUGGCUUUGAUUAAAACUACUAAUUUAUUAUACCUCAAACUUAUCUUCAU